AUGAUUUCAUCGUCUGAAUUCUUCAACAUGGAAGAACUUGAACGACUAAAAACCAAUUAUAAUGCUGGUGGAUUGGAAGCAAUAAUACCAGAGAUAAAGGAUAAAUUAGAUGACCUGGAUAAUGCACAACUUAAUAUUGCAGUUACAGGUGAAAAAUGUGCAGGCAAGUCUACCUUCAUUGCUGCUAUGGUAGGCUUUGAGAUAAGCGAGGAGGGAAAGGUUGGUAAUGUGGAAACUGGUAACGAGCCUAUCAGAUAUACUCAUCCCACUCUACCUAAUGUUCAUUUUAUAGAACUUCCAGGAAUAGAUUUUGGUAAAGUACCACUGAGUGAGUACCUAAAAAUGGUAAAUGUUGAGAGAUAUGAUUUGUUCAUCAUUAUGUCGGAAUGCCAAUUUAAAGGAAGUGAGGGGGCAUUUGCCAAAGCAAUUCAACAAGCGAGCAAACAACUGUACUUUGUUCAGUCUAAGAUUGACAAUGACCUCCCUCUGCUGGAGACGGAUGGUGUGACUUUGAACCAAGAGUUACAAAAGAUAAGGAUGGACUGUGUCGCCACCUUGGAAGAGAUGGGGGUUAUAGCACCGGCUAUUUUUCUGAUUUCAAGCUUUCACCAGGAUAAUUAUGAUUUCCCUGCUCUAAAGGACACCCUUGCAAACAACCUGCGCAACGUAAAGAAGAUUGCGUUCUUGCUGUCGCUCCCAAACGUAACUUCAAAAGUAAUAGAAGAGAAGAGAAAAAUGUUGGAGAAAAGAAUCUGGAUGACUGCAGCACUUGCAGGAGCAGUGGGAGCAGUUCCAGUUCCUGGCAUGUCCUUUGCCACUGGUAUUGGAUUGCUGGUGGCAGGGCUUGUAUACCUCUGGUACCAUCGGGAUCUACGUGACAAGUGCAUGCAAAGGUUGGCAGACUCCAGUGGUAAACCCUUGGCACUACUGAAAACUGAAAUUCGUUCUCCAGGUAAAAUAUCCCGAGCACUUAUCAAGAUAGCAUUAGGUGUUACCGCUGUUGUUUGUACAAUAGCUGAGAUCAAAUUUGACUUCACACCACUGAUUGUCUCUGUUUUUGGUGCUGUGUCGUCCUUUUGUUUCACAGCCUUGCUAUUAAAGGAUUCACUGAACGAACAUGUGAAAACUGCUCAAGUAGCUAUGAAAACUGCCUUUGAAACUGAUUAA